AUGUUUCGUCUGCGCCAGGCUCUGCAGAGAGUCCUAGGGGUAACCUCGUCAACGGGUGCUCUACGUCCUCGGGCUAUUGACACCGAUUUCUCCGUUUUCAGAGAGGGAGACCGAGUUGUGCUACACGGCAAGCAGCCCUCAUUAUCAAAGCCAUUGAAGAAGGGCGACAAGCUACAGAGUCAUCGGGGAUCUGUGGACCAUAACAGCAUCCUCAACAAACGCGUAUGGGAUACAGUACAGUCCAGCAAAGGUGCAUCAAUUCGAGUCAGCCUCCCCACACUGGAAGAAUACGUCACCCUGACUCCUCGCCUGGUCACGCCGAUCUACCCCCAAGAUGCCAAUUUGAUCACUUCACUUCUCGACAUCCACCCCAAUACCCCUGUCGCCGGUGAGGAUCAACCUUCAUUGGAAAUUCUCGAGUCCGGAACAGGCCAUGGGUCUUUGACAUUGCACCUGGCGCGUGCCAUUCACGCAGCCAACAGCACAGCCCCGCCUCACCCACCCCGAUCGCAGAUUAAGUACCUAGAAGGUCGAAUCAACAGGCCAGGAGAAACGGAAGCGGAACAAAUCAAAGAUAAAGCAGCCGAGACAGCCGCGGAUCCAGUGCAGGAAGAAUGGGAUGCGUGGCGGGCACAGCGCAAUGCUGUGAUUCACACGGUGGACGUCUCGCCAAAAUUCUCUGCGUUGGCUGAGAAGAAUGUGCGAGGCUUCCGCCGUGGAAUUUACGCAGGGAAUACCGAUUUCUACGUGGGUCCUGUCGAGAAGUGGAUUGCUCAGCAGAUGCAGCAGCGGAAGAAGACCGGCCUAGCUGCAUUGGCUGGGAGGGACACUGUUGAGCCCUUCUUGUCCCACGUUAUUUUGGACAUGCCUUCUUCGAACCUCAGGAUCCCGCACGUUACACCGGCCUUGAAACGCAAUGGGUACCUGGUGGUCUUCAUGCCCAGCAUCACGCAGAUCGGCGAGUGUUUGCAACUGAUCAAGGAUCAGCGAUUGCCUCUCGUCCAAGAGCGGGUGAUUGAGCUUGGUAAUGGAAUCAGCGGUGGUCGCCUAUGGGAUGUGCGCUUCGCGACUAAGAAGUCCGGCGCCGACCCAUCGUCUUGGGCUGCUUCUUCCGAUGUGGAGGGUACUGCCCCUGCUGCUGAGACUGAAGAAGCCAGUGUCAGCGACGCUACUUCUGAGGAAACUACAGAAGAAUCUCCGAAAGGAGGAGAAUCUGUUCUGGUUUGCCGGCCCAAGGUCGGUGUUCGCAUCCAGGGCGGCGGCUUCGUGGGAGUCUGGCGGCGUAUCGAGGAUUCCACUCGCUGA